AGCAAAAGCUUCAAGUAGCACCCUCCAUAUUAGUAACACCAAAAGAUAUUUCCAUUGAAAUAAUAAAGCAAUUAAUUCAAAGUCCUGAUCAACUUCCUCAUAAAUCCGACUUGACAAAUUUCCUUAACGAAAAUCCUCCAGUAAAAAUACCGCUUGCUCCUAAUCUUUUUUACCAAAUUAGUACUACGGGUCCAGAUGGUAUAACUGAAGAAGAACGAGAUACAUAUUUUAUAUUAAGUACAGAAGCGGAGUGUACAUUUCUUUUUGCAAAACUUUUAGGACAGUUAAUUUACCCUCCCUCAUAUGGAAAAACUGAAGAUUCGUAUCAUUAUUUGUGGGAUUGUAUUAUUAAAAACACUUUAGAGUUAUUUGGAAUGCAUAUCGCUAGUUUACCAACUUUGGAAUUUGAUCGCAAUACCAACAAACGAACCUCAACAGGUCGCAAUCGUCCAGACAUGGUUGUAUUAGUGAGAAACGUUUGUCCUUUUCGAGGUGAAGAAAAGUCCCGGGAAGAAGCAGGAGAUCCUUCAAGUGAAUUAGUUGAUAAGAUCAAAGAUUGGACCUAUGGAGAUGCACCAUAUAUUUUUGCAUACUAUGCUAUUGGCGCUCAAGUCACAUUUGUUGCUUUGUAUAAGCCUGAAAAUAAGAAGAGAAAACUCAACAUUUGCUCUGAACGAAUUGCGGAGUUUGAUUUAGGGCGUUUGUCAGAUAGAAUUCGCAUUAUGAAUUUCCUUCGAAAUAUUUGUCGUAUAUUACCUAUAAUAGUGAAUUUAUGCCCUACUAGGGAUUCACCAGAAUUUCAAACAAUGAUUCGACCAAAUGGAACUAUUAUCGAACUUGGGUAUGCGAUUAAGAAAAAAUUUGCAGACGAAGAACAAGUUACACAUUUAAAAGAAAUUUAUGGAAUGUUACGUGCAAAUGAUAUUAGGUUUUCCGACAAAUUAGAACAUUCAUCUACACAUUCUAUUAAUUUGUCGCCACGUGGAGAACAACGAGAACCAAAUGAUCUCAAAGAAUUACUGCAAGCAUUAAUUUGUAUACUAACUUGUUUGAAGCAGGGUAUGCAUGAAAUUAAGCCCAAACCGAUAAUGCACAGAGAUGUUCGAUGGCCAAAUAUUAUUCGCCAUUACGACGGAUAUCAAAGAUUUAUUUUAAUCGACUUUGACAAUGCUACCUUUUCCCCUGCUGAUGAGCCUUUAGAAGAAUUUUCCGAAAGUGGUCAUGCUCCUGAAAUGCUGAUUAAAAAGCAUAAUUAUAAGGUUGAUAUAUGGGGCGUUGGAAACUUAAUUGGUUCAUGUAAUGUCACAGGCAUCCCCCCAGAACUUUUAAGCUUCAGCACAGAUUUGUGUAAACAUAAUCCAAAUAAUCGACCAACUACUUCAGUUGCUCUCGAUCGGGCAAAGGAUAUGUUUAGAGAGUGGUUUCCAAAUGAUGAUUGGCUAGAAAGGAUCGAAACUGCAUAA